UUCCUAUUCUAAAUGGGAAGUGUGAACACAAGCCCUUUUACGCUCGAUUUCAAAAUCUGCACAACCUCACGAAUCCAUUAAAAUGAGUCACCAAUUGCCUUUUUAUUUCGCAAUUGUGUAUCCAUUGCUCCUUUCGCAAAGCCGCUUUCUUUGCAAAUACACUCUUCAUUGAGCAACGGACGAUUUUGUGGUAAUUCUGUGAGCCUCGACGGAUUUAACCGGUUCCUACAUUUCCGGUGAGUGGCUACACAAGAGAGGUGGGAUUGUUUUGUAGCCAAGUAUUGCUGCUCACAGAUAACAUAGAACAGGUGGCAUGGCAUUCUCAGCUGUCUCACGACUAGCCAAUCUUCAAAGACACUUGGAUUUGAAUGGAACCAGCAACAAGGCUGUGCAAGUCAAUGUAAUUGAAAAGUCAAUCAAGGUGAAGGUAGCUUCAGAGGUUUCUGAAGCAUUAUCACUAGGGCGUGCAGUUGUUGCUCUAGAAUCGACCAUCAUUUCUCACGGGAUGCCAUAUCCUCAAAAUUUAGAAACUGCAAGAGAGGUGGAACGUAUUGUAAGAGAGAACGGUGCAGUUCCGGCAACCAUUGCUAUUUUAGAUGGCACACCUUGUAUAGGUCUAAGUAUAGAAGAACUUGAAAGGCUAGCUAUUCUGGGAACCAGAGCUCAAAAGACAGCUAGAAGGGACAUAGCACAUGUUGUAGCUCAAGGUGGAAAUGGUGCCACUACUGUUUCUGCAACAAUGUUUUUUGCUGCUAUGGUUCAUAUUCCUGUCUUUGUGACUGGGGGAAUUGGGGGAGUGCACAGACAUUGGGAACAUUCCUUGGACAUAUCUUCUGAUCUCACUGAGCUAGCUAGAACACCAGUAGCAGUUGUAUGUGCCGGUGUAAAAUCAAUAUUAGAUAUUCCCAGGACACUUGAGUAUCUGGAAACACUAGGAGUUUGUGUUGCUGCUUACAAGACCAACGAGUUUCCUGCAUUUUUCACAGAAUCAAGUGGAUGCAAGGACCUUGCCAUGGGGAAGACGAUUUUAACAGCUAAGGAGCAGAGUGAGUUGUAUCUGUUGGAGUCUGAUGACCAAAACAAAAUAAAGAUCAUAAGUCAACAAGCUACAUCUGAGACGUGGUCAAAUUCCCAAAUAUGGAUACAUCAUAAAAGGCUUGGGCAUCCUUCAUUCAACCUUAUCAAACCCUAUCAAGUCUACCUAAUUGAGUCUUUGGAUGUUUCAUGUCGGGUAGAUACCCCUGAAGACUGUGCAUGCUUAAUAGAAGCAACCAUCAAACUCAAGCUUGGAACUGGAAUUUUGAUAGCAGUUCCGAUUCCUCAAGAACACUCUACUUCUGGACACAUAAUUGAAUCAGCCAUUCAAAAAGCCAUUAAAGAAGCUAGGGAAAACAAUAUAACGGGGAAUGCUGAUACUCCUUUCUUGCUUGCUAGAAUAAAUGACCUCACUGGAGGUGCUUCACUUGCUGCAAACAUCGCUCUUGUGAAGAAUAAUGCUAUUGUUGGAACUCAAGUUGCUGUAGCCCUUGCUCAGAGAGAAAAUUGUCGAAGGAACCUGGGAACUUGAUCACACUGCUGGAGUGUUUCACUUCUUGACGUUGGUUGUUGUAUUAUCCCCGAUUUUUCUCGCCGUGUCUAGUGGAUAUAUUUAUUUUUGUUGCUCGUUAUGCAUCUAACGGGGGAUAUUUUGUCAUGUAUAUUUUCUUUUUCUUUUGCAACAAGUUUGACAUUAUAUGUAAUCUAACCGGUUACUUAUAUCGGGUAGGUAUGGCUUGCCUUAGUAUAUUUGGACAUCGAGUCUUUGCUUAUAUAAUGGUUACUCAAUAAAUUUUAUCUUGAUUAA